AACGGUGCCCGCCUGGGCCUGGGGUGUGGCUCAGUGUAGAGCACCUGCCUAGCAUGUGCAAGGUCCUGGUCCCCUCCCCAGCCACACAGGUCACUGAACUGCUUAAUAAACAUUGCUUACGUGUAUCAAAUUACAAUACAGUACCCUAUGCAUAUCAAAUUAUCAUCACUUGUACCAGUGUACUAUGUAAAGAGGUACAAAUGUUACAUCUCAAUAUGACAAGAAUCAGAAAAGAAAGAAGAGUACAAAAAAAAAAGACAAGGAAAGGAAACAAUGGGAGUAUACAACUGUAAUCUCAGCAGCUCGAAGGCUGAAGCAGGAGGAUCUUCAAUUUGAGCUCAAUCUGGACUACAUAGCAAGUUCAAUUCGGGCCUGAAAUUGGUGUCAGAAAAAAAAGAGGAAGAAAAUGGGCCAAGUCACAGGGGGCCUCACGGGCUACGGAAGUGGGGAGUGAAGAAAGCUAACAAAGACAGAGCCAAGAGCCGUAGCAGUAGAGAGGAGACACAGUUACCUGCUGAAUACUUUUGGUGGCUGAGAUGACAGGAAUGACUAACGGGCUAGACAGGACAGAGGGACAACUCUGUGGAAUUCUGUGAGGAGAUAUGCAGAAAAGUCAUCUGGUAAUGGCAGAAAGGGGUGGGACGAGGGGAAGAUUUGUUCACCAUGUGAAGGAAGCAGAGGCGGAGGGAGAGAGGGCACCUGGAGAAGCGGGAGGGGGACCCAGUGCAGAGCAUAAAAGCAGAGACUGGCUUUUCCUCAUUGCCCCUGUGACAAAAGACCCCAAAUCCACAGGCAUCAGUGAAUCAAGUUUUUGAGGAUUGAACUCACAACCUUGUCCUUGCCAGGCAGGAACUUAUGCUACUGAGCUAAAUCCCCAGUUGUAUUUUCUUAUGUUGUGAGCCACACAUCCAGGCACCAUGCAUCUUGGAAUUCUCUCCACCUGGCUUUUUUUUUCUUUCUUUCUUCCUGCCUGCCUGCCUUUUUUCUUCCUUUUUUGAGACAGGGACUCACUAUGCAGCUUGGGCUGGGCUUGAACUCAUUUUGUAGCUCAGGCUAGUUUUGAACUUACAAUAAUCCUCCUGCCUCAGCCUUCCAAAUGCUGGGAUUAUAGGUGCGUGCCACCACUCCCGGCUCUGACUUUUCUUUCUUUCUUUCUUUUUUUUUCUUCCUUCUCACAUCUUUCUUUUGUUUUAUUUAAUACUGGGGAGUGAACUCAGGACUUUCACACUGAACUACAUCCCCAGCUUUCUUUAAAAAAAGUAUCCCCACGCAGCUUUUUUUUUUUUUUUUUUUUUUUAAGGUAAAAGAUUUACUCCAUCUGAAGAGAAAACAGCGUAUACCUGCCUUUUUAAAAGACAGGCUCUCUGAUAAAUCACUAACUUGCCUCACUUGGGCUCAAAUUUGCAGGAUUCUGCCUCAGCCUCCCAGAGUGCUGAGAUUACAGGCCUGUAACCCACCUGGGCUGGCCACCCACCCUUUAGACAUGAACAGGACCUCUGCUAUGGCAGUAGGUGGGAAGUUCAUGUUUGUGGCUAUGGACAGAGAGAUGGGUUUGGUGGCGGGAGUCCACUCAGCUGCUGUAACAAAGAGACCUGGAAAAGAGAUGCUUAAAUUUUUUCUAAGCAGCAGCAGAUAAGCUAGCUAAAGCUGGGGGUGACACUUUUUAAGACACCAUGUACGUGAAUCUUCACCCUUUCUAUAUUUUAUCCCUACUCUCCUCAAUUUAAGCCCCAAACAACCUACCUACCUAAUAGCUGGAAGGACACACCUCUUCAGUCUAUAAGGGGACCGGACGGAAAGUGCAUACGUCACUUCCUCAGGUUUUCCCAUUGGACCAUACUUAGUCACAUGUCAAGUCUCACAGCAAAGGAGGGCGGGAGAUGUAGUCCUCAGCAGGAAAGCUAGGUGUACGCCUGAAAAGAAUGGAUGCCAGGGGCUGUAGAGUCAUGACAGUGAGAGAAAUAAAAGUGAGCCCAGCAGGGGCUUCCAUAUCCAGGGAGUGGCCUGUUCAGAAAUGGGUUGGAUCAGGAUGAGGAGUGCUGACACUGCUGGGCAAAAAAGAGUAAAAGUGGCUGGCAGCCACUGCCUCUCACAGUGCUGCCACCACAGGCUUCACCAGGUCAGCACAAGUCACAGAGUGGUGCUCCGAUCAAAGGCUUCGCAGCCUGCCUGCCCGAUGCCCACCUGGGGGCUCCUGUUCCUGCUCUGGACUGCAGCAGGGGCCUCACAGGAGGCCAUGCGGGACUGCCCAGCCCCUUGCAGCUGCAGGUCCUUGGAAACCAUGGGGCUGCACGUGGACUGUGAGGGGCGUGGGCUCACGGCCCUGCCACCCCUGCCCCCCGGCACACGCCACCUCCUGCUGGCCAACAACAGCCUGCGCUCCGUGCCCCCGGGCGCCUUUGACCACCUGCCCCAGCUGUGGAUCCUCGAUGUGUCGCAGAACCCCUGGCACUGUGACUGUGGCCUCACCUACCUGCGACUCUGGAUGAAGGACCAUAUGCCCGACUCUCUGCAGGAUGUCCUCUGUGCCAGCCCUGCCCGUGCUGCCCACCGCCCCCUGAAUCAGCUGACAGGCUACCAGCUGGGCAACUGUGGCUGGCAGCUGCAGGCAUCCUGGGCCCAGCCUGGGUUCUGGUGGGAUGUGGCUCUGGUGGCUGUGGCAGUCGUGGGCGUGGCUCUCCUGGCUGGGCUGCUGUGUAUCUCCACAGAGUCCCUGGGCUGAAAUCAGGAGCCCACAGUCACCCCCUGACACUGGGGAAGCUCCCCAGAGCCCAGCGACUCUGCUCACCCCAAACAAUCAGAAGCCCCCAAAUAAACCAGCCACUUAGCCAUUGUA